AUGACGCUUCCAUCAGGUACACUCGCCCACUCCCUUGGUCAUAAUACCUUGGGGAAAGCCGAUAUUGCAGUUCAAACCCUAUUUCUGGGGAUCUGUUUAAUUGCGGUGGCUUUAAGGCUGUGGUCCCGGAGAUUACAAUGGCUUUCGCUUCAAAUAAAUGACUGUUUGAUUCUAAGCUCCACGCUUUUGAUGAUCGGUCGCUAUGUGGUGGAAAUUGUCCUAGUUGUGCUGUGUGGCAUGGGCUUGCAUCCCACUGAGAUAAUCGAUGUCGGGGGGAACCAGAUUGUUGUAAAGUUCCUUGCGAUUACAUAUGCCGGCAACCUUCUCUGGGUAACAGUGGUCUGCUUGAUUCAGUUGUCAAUUCUAGACUACUACGUCCGCAACUUCAGUCAGCGGACCAUCACCUUGCUGUCAUAUAUCACCAUGGGCCUCUGUUUAGCUCUCUGGAUCAUUGGGUUCUUUGUCACUGCAUUCAUCUGCAAUCCACCAAGGAAGAUAUGGCACGAGAAUGCUGAAGGUCAUUGUGGUAACCGUCAGAAGCUUCACACCGGCAUCAAUGCAAGCGUGAUUAUUUUGAACUUCUUCAUCUUGAUUCUUCCAAUCCCGUUCACAUGGAGAAUGCCAUUGUCAAGGCCCAGGAAGUUCGGCCUCGUGGGUAUUCAAGCCCUAGGACUAAUAAUUAUCAUCAUCCUCGCAGUUCGCACGAAACUCGAGUUCGACUCCGAGCCAAUGAACCAAACCCGCAUCGCCGUCAGCAAGUCAACCUUGACUUGCAUCGCAACCAUUUUGGGUAUAAUAGCCGCCUGUCUUCCAAUCACCACACCUGCCAUUCAACAGAUAUUUGGGAACGUAUCUCCCUCAAGCUCGACGCAGACUCUCAGCCCUGACCCAGGCUCGAGGUAUUGGAAUACUAGGGUACUUGAAGGCAUGAGAUUGGAGGAGCCUGAAAUGCCUCUUGUUACUGUUCAUCCACACAUAAUGGCGAAGGCUGGCUAUCUUGCUCCUGGGCAUAUUCGAAUAACAUCUGACUGGGAGAUCCAUUCUUCGCGGGGCUCGGCGAGAAUAGAAAGAUCACAUAUGCCGCGGGUAUGA